AGUGCAGCAUUGAACAUGGAGGUACAUGUGUCCUUGCAUCCUGGUUCCUCUCCUGGCAAGAAUGCAAGUGAUGACGUUCAGAGAUGUGGCCAUAGAUUUUUCUCAGGAGGAGUGGGAGUACCUGAACCCAGAGCAGAGAAACUUAUAUACAGAUGUGAUGUCUGAGAACUACAGCAACCUUGUCUCAGUGGGACUUUAUAUUUAUCAACCACAUGUGUUCUCCUUAUUGGAGAAUGGUCAAGACCCCUGGUUGGAUUUGAGUGAUGAGACAAGAAGACUUUACCCAGGGCAGACCAAGAAGUUAUUUCAAAAAAAUAGCGCUUCUGAUACAGAAGUGUGCCAGUGGGAAGUCCUAGAAAUUUGUAGAAACCAUAGCCUGAGAGGUUUAUGUUUUAGAGGUGAUGGUGCAGAAUUAAAUCAGCUUCACAGACAGCACGAAAAUCAUCAGAAAUAUUUCAAGUCAUCCACUGUCACCUGUGAAAAGGUGUCGACUUCAAAUCUGAACGAAGCUUAUAACCAGCACCAGCAACUCAAUGCAGAAGAGGGACCGAAUGAAUUUAAAUGUGACAGAACCUUUAAUUCUGCCUCAGACCACAGUCAACAUCGGACAGUUCACACUGGUAAGAAAACAUACAAAAAUAAAGAAUGUGACACGACAUUGAGUUUCUUUUCAGGUGUUCCUGGUCCCAAGAGAAUUCACAGCGAGGAGAAACAUCAUAAAUGUAAGGAAUGUGGGAAAGCCUUUAGUCUGGACUCUGACCUUACUCAACAUCAGCGGUCUCACACUGGCGAAAAGCCCUAUGAAUGUAAACAGUGCGGGAAAGCCUAUAGCCGGAAAGCUGACCUUAUUGGCCAUCAGAGAAUUCACACUGGUGAAAAACCUUACCAGUGUAAGGAGUGUGGAAAAGCGUUUACCCGUGGCUCAUACCUGACAGAACAUCAGAGAAUCCACACUGGCGAAAAGCCCUAUGAAUGUACCGAAUGUAGCAGGGCCUUUGUUCAGCGAGCACAUCUUACUAACCACCAGAGAAUUCACACAGGUGAGAAACCUUACGAGUGUAAGGAGUGCGGGAAAGCUUUUACACGUGGUUCACAUCUAAGUGAACAUCAGAAAAUUCAUGAUGGCGAGAAGUUGCAUGAGUGCAAAGAGUGUGGGAAAGCCUGUAUCCAUGGUUCUGGUGUUUCUGACCAUCAGAAUGCCCAUGUUGGUCGGAAGCCCUAUGAGUGUGAGAAAUGUGGGAAAGCCUAUAUCUGGAGCUCAAACCUUGCUCGCCAUCAGCGAAGUCAUACAGGAAGAAAACCUUACGAGUGUAAGCACUGUGGGAAGACAUUCAUUUGGGCUUCAUAUCUGGCUCAACAUGAGAAAGUUCAUGAGAAGAAACUCUAUGAGUGUAAGGAGUGUGGCAAGACCUUUCUUCAGGGCUCAGACUUUAAUCGGCAUCAGAAGAUUCAUAAGAGUGAGAGAAUGAAUGCAUGCAAGGAAUGUGGAAAAACCUUUGGUCAUAGGUCCGAGCUAGAUCAACAUGAGAAAACGCAUACUGGAAAGAGACCCUAUGAAUGUGAAGAUUGGGGAAAAGCUUUUCUCUGGGGUUCACAACUUACUCGACAUCAGAGAAUUCAUACUAAUGAGAAACUCCUUGAAUGUAAGGAAUAUGGGAAGGAUUUUGUUUUCAUAUCAGUCCUUAUAUGCCAUCAGCGAAUUCAUAUGGGUGAGAAACGUUAGAAGUGUAAGGAAUGUGGCAAGGCCUUUGGUAGUGGUGCGAACCUUGCUUACCAUCAGAGAAUUCAUACCAGUGAGAGGCCUUACGAAUGUAAGGACUGUGGGAAAGCCUUUAGUUUUGGCUCAGGCCUUAUUCGACAUCAGAUCCUUCACAGUGGAGAAAAGACUUAUGAGUGUAAGGAAUGUGACAAGUCCUUUAGUUUCAAAUCAGCUCUCACUCCGCAUCAUAGAAUUCACACAGAUGAGAAACCUUAUCAGUGUAAGGACUUCGAGAAAGCCUUUGGCAGUGGCUCAAACCUAACUCAACAUCAGAGAGUCCAUACUGGUGAGAAGCCCUUUGAAUGUAAAACCUGUGGAAUGGCAUUUAGUAGUGGAUCAGCCCUUACUUGGCAUCAAAGAAUUCAUACAGGUAAGAAACCUUAUAUAUGCAGCGAAUGUGGAAAGGCCUUUAGUUUUGGAUCAGCCCUUACUCGACAUCAAAGAAUUCACACUGGGGAAAAGCCUUAUAAGGAGUGUGGGAAAGCCUUUGGUAGCAAUUCAAAACUGAUUGAGCACCAGCUAAUUCAUACUGGUGAAAAGCCCUAUGAAUGUGGGAAAUGUGGAAAGGCCUUUAGUCAGAACUCACAAUUCAUUCAACAUCAAAGACUUCAUAUUGGUGAAAAGGCUUAUGAAUGUAAGGAAUGUGGGAAAUUCUUUAGUUGUGGCUCACACGUCACUCGCCAUCUGAAAAUUCACAGUGGAGAAAAACCCUUUAAAUGUAAAGAAUGUGGAAAAACCUUCAGUUGUAGCUCAUACCUUUCUCAACACCAGAGAAUUCACACGGGUAAGAAACCCUAUGAAUGUAAGGAAUGUGGGAAAGCCUUUAGUUACUGCUCAAAUCUGAUUGAUCAUCAGCGAAUUCACACUGGUGAAAAGCCCUAUGGGUGUAAAGUAUGUGGGAAAGCCUUCACUAAGAGCUCCCAGCUUUUUCAGCAUGUGCGAAUUCAUACAGGAGAGAAGCCCUAUGAAUGUAAGCAGUGUGGCAAGGCUUUUACUCAGAGCUCAAAGCUUGUCCAACAUCAGAGAAUCCACACUGGGGAGAAGCCCUAUGAGUGCAAGGAGUGUGGGAAAGCCUUCAGCAGUGGCUCUGCGCUGACUAAUCACCAGAGGAUCCACACUGGAGAGAAACCAUACAAUUGUAAAGAAUGUGGGAAAGCCUUUACUCAGAGCUCACAACUUCGUCAGCAUCAAAAAAUUCAUGCUGGCGAAAAGCCCUUUGAAUGUCUUAAAUGUGGGAAAGCCUUUACUCAUAACUCACAACUUUAUCAACAUCAGAGAAUCCACACAGAGGAAAAGCCUUUUGUAUGUCAUGAAUGUGGAAAGGCCUUUAAUAAAUGCUCAAACCUUACUCGCCAUCAGAGAAUUCAUGCUGAUGAGAAGGCUUGUGAGUGUAAGCAAUGAGGAAAAGAAUUUAAUAAUGAUUCUGAUCUCACGGAUCAUAAGGGAACUCAUACUAAUGAGUAACACAAAUUAGAGAUUGUCCUCUUCAUCUUUUUCUU